AACAACAAAAUAACUCAUUUUUUUUCAACAGAAUCUUUGGCAAGAUGGUGUGUGACAACAUUAGCAGAAGAAGAGAAGUGUGGAAAUCUUGUGAGAGCCAUAGACAAAGUGAAAGAUUUAGGCGUCUCUGCUGAGAAUGUUCAUCCCUAUUAUAAAGAUAAGGGUAACCUGAAUGACUUUACCAACAUGACAAAGGUGUCAUGUGUAAGAGCAGCAGAUGUUUUUGCCUGUAUGGAGUUGUUUGAACAAGAUGAGGUAGAUUUGAUCACUCUUGAGGCAGGGCAGGGAUAUUUUGCUGGUAGAUACCACUCUAUGAGACCAAUUGUUGCAGAGAAAUAUGAUACCAUUCCAAAUACUCCAUUAGAAUACUAUGCAGUGGCAGUGAAGAGAAGGGGCAAUCCUGUUACUAUAAAUAAUCUACAACAGAAGAGAGCUUGUAUUCCAGGGAUUGGUAGUGGUGCAGGUUGGGUAUAUCCUAUAUCAUACAUGUUACAGACUAAGAAGAUCACUGUGUCCCAGUGUAAUGCUGUUGUCAAAACAGUGACAGAAUUUUUUAGCCAGAUGUGUCUUCCAGGAGCAUUGAAUUCAUUCUACAAUCCAUUUGGAAAUAAUCCAACAAGUGUAUGUGAGUUGUGUCGAGGUUCCGGUGAACAGAAGUGUACAUCUAGUGAUCCACAUGCCGGCUUCGAUGGUGCCUUCAAAUGUCUAGAUGCAGCCGGAGACUUUGCAUUCUUACGUGACGACACUGUUCGAAUGUCAACUUAUGAUAUAAACACAGGGGCAGACCGUUCUGAUGAAUAUGAACUGAUCUGUCCAGACUCCAGCUCACGACCUGUUGAUCAGUAUGAAAACUGUUACUAUGGUAAAGUACCUAAUGAUGUUGUAAUGACGUCAAAUAUGAAAGAUGAGGAGACAGUACAAAAAUACAAGAACCUGCUACUACAGCUGUCAGACUGGUUUGGACCACAAAAACCAUAUGAGAACGAGUUUAGAAUAUUCAGCUCUCAAGGCUAUGAACAUACUGAGAGGAAGAACAUCUUGUUUAAUGAUGCUACUAAAUCAUUAGUGGCCAUUGGGUCGGAUAGAGACAGAUAUUAUACCUGGGUUGAUGACAGCUUCCGUGCUGCAUUAAACAAUCUGAACCAGUGUCCAAUUGAUGUAGUACGUCUGUGUGUGAUAUCCGAUGCCGAGAGGGAGAAAUGUGAACGUAUGGUUGAAGUGUUCCGAGGAAAAGAUAUCAAACCUAACCUGGAUUGUCUCAUGGCACAAAAUACUAAGGCGUGUAUGAAGCUUGUUGCCAAUGGUGAUGCCGAUAUCACUAUCCUUGAUCCAGGAGAUGUGUACAUAGGUGGAAAACAAUAUGGUUUAGUGCCUAUUGCUGCUGAAGAUUAUGGUGAUAUGUCACAUACUGUUAAAGUUGUUGCUGCUGCCAGAAAACGUGACCUCUAUAUGACAUUGUUUAACCUGAAAAGUUACAGGGCUUGUCAUUCAGGUAUAGGUAGAGGUGAUGGUUGGAUAGUUCCUCUAAACAUAUACAUAGAGACACAGCAGUUUAUACCUCAACAAUGUACCAUCUUUGAAAAUAUUGGUCAGUUAUUUUCGAGAAGUUGUAUCCCAGGAGCUCUAGACAAGGACUAUAACCCUAGCCAGAAACCGAUCAAUCUGUGUGAGGGCUGUCAAGGUGGAGGCUACAGAAAAUGCCAGAGAAAUAGCGAGGAACUUUAUUAUGGUGCGACAGGAGCUUUCCGAUGUCUCGUAGAAAUGGCAGGAGAUGUUGCAUUUGUACAUCACUUAACAGUAGGUGAUAACACUGAUGGUAGGAACCAGGCUAUCUGGGCCAGGAACCGGCGAUCAGAUGAUUAUGAGUUGUUAUGUAAGGAUGGUACCCGAGCUGCUAUAGAGAACUGGGAAAACUGUUACCUUGGUACAGUACCAGGUGCUGCUAUAGUAACUGGUGGCUAUGUGCCGGAAUCAAAACGUGAUAUUUACUGGAAUAUUUUCAGCUAUGGGCAACAGUUUUUCUCAUCAGAUAUUGAUGGUGAUUUCCACAUGUUUCACUCGGGGAUGUUCUACUCUGACCUGAUCUUCUCAGACGAGGCUGUCAGACUUGUACCUCUAUUACCAGAAGAGCAGAACUUUGAAUCUUAUCUCGGUUGGGACUUCAUCAAUCAAAUAGAGAACCUAAACGAGUAUCAGUGUGUCCCGUUGCAGUUCAAGCACCCUGCAUGGCACAUGUCAUUGGUCAUUGUGCUGGUUGUGACAUUCUUGAACAUUCUACUGUAAUUUAUCAUGUAAAAACUACACAUAAUUAUUUGACAUUCUUUACACAUAUCAUUCUUCCUUCAUCAGCAGUACUGUACUUGAUUUGUAUCUUACAAUAGCUUUACAGUGCUCAGUGGUUCAUAAAAAUGUUUCGAAAAGGAUACUACUACAAGCCUUGCAGGACAAGUGACCAAAAAAAGAAGUACUCACCUUUAGUGAAUACUGCCUUGUUCUUAGAAAAUUGUAAAUUUUGUGUUUGUUACUAGAAUAUUGGAAAUAAAGCAAUUAUAGUAAAUGCAAACUUAAAUUCCAGUUACAAUUUUGAUUUUUGAUGCAAACACCAAUUGCCGAAUUAAGAAUAUUAACAAACUUGUUUAUUUAUAUCAUAUGACAAAGAUAUUAGUGAUAUAAGCGUUUGUUUUAAAACUUGUAAAUUUCAUACUUAUGUUUGCAAAAUUUCACUCGUUCUAUCACCAACUUUACUCGGCUGCAUGUAAGCAGAAAAGUGAAAGAAAAAAAUGAAACUAUCUAACCCUGGCACUGAUAACCUUUUCUAAAGAAAAUCUUUAAACAAAGUGUGUCAAUGAUACCAUAUAAAGGAUAUUGAAUGAGUUUAAGUUCAGUACAGAAUUUACUGAACAAGUUGAAUAAAAUUAUAUAUACUCCAGUCUCUGGCGAGUACAAUAUUAUUUCAUUCAAUGAGUUCAAUAAAUUCUGUAUUAAACCUACACAAAUAUAAUAUUCUAUUUAUCACAUACCCAAAAAACAAAGACUGUCUAAAGUAAAAAAUAUUUCAUUGACACAUCUAUAGUGAAACGCUAAUAUUUAGCCCUGAUAUAAUGCAUAUGACGUCAGAUCAAAAUAUAUGCACAUCUGUGCAAUACCAUUUUCACAGAGUUGCAAAAGUGGCAAGGGUAUGUGAUAAACUGUUAUAUUAAAUGAUGUAUUGAUUGAUGAUCUAAGUUUCUCUAUGAAAUUUGUUGUUGCUAUACUAAAACAUAUCAUGUGUAAAUUUACAUAUCAUUUAUUAGUGCUUAUAUCCAGGGAUUAUCUGACUGUUUGUAUCUUUCUCUCCUUGUGAUAGUGUAGGAUGGUUGUAAUUUAGUACACAGUAAGCUCAACAUGUACUCUGUUGAUAUAUUUAGCUUUUAUGUAAAUUUUUGUAAAAAUUAUGCUUGAAAUUUUUUUUUUCAAUUAGAAAUGUGAAUCAUGUGAAUAACAAUAGAUGUUAUUUGUUAUAUUUAUAAUUUAAAACUUUCAGAAUUGUUGUUAUUACAUAUCUAUGUAUUAGAUUCAAGUUUUAUCAGAAGUUGGAAAAAAUGAUUGAAAAUUAUAACUAUAAGAAACUAAAAUUAUGAGAUUUCAGAGUUAUAUGUUUCCUGUAAGUAAUAUCCACAAACCGUUGAACAGAUUUGAUCACUUGACAGAGCUAAAACAAUUAGUGAUGUUUAUAUAUUUAUGUAAAUAGUUCAUGUGUAAAUGACAUGAUAUCAUUUUCCUUGUAUAUAGAUUUUUUUAUAUAACUUCUUUAUAAUUAUGUACAUAGUCUAUUUUUACACUUAUGUAAUUAGACAUAAAUAUUGUUAGAAUUUUUUUAUCAAAGACAUGUUUAUUUAUCAUACUAAAAUUUGACAUUUUUACCUGAACACUUUACCUGAGCCUCAUAAUGAUACUACUUUCUGUUUGAUGGUGUUGUAAGAUGAGUCAACUAGUGGAGUCACUAACUAGAGUUGUAAUCAUUGUUGUCUUGAAGGUCAAAAGUGUAAACUGUCUUAUUUGUCAGCAAAAUACAUAGAAUUAAUAUUGCAUUCUUAAAAUGACAUUAUCCUCAGUUAAAGGGAAUUAUAAUUCAAAAGAUCAUCUAUUUUAAUAGUAAUUGACCAACAAUUGAUAAUUACAAAAUUUUAAUGUUAAGGACAAAAACUGCCUAUAUGUAAAGACUGUCCCACUAUUUUCACCAACACAGUGUUACCUAUACAUUCUGAAGGAUAUUAAUGGAAAUUUCUGAGUGUCACGUGGGCUAUUGAAUAUUCAUUAAAAGAAGAAAAUGAAAUUGGAAAUAUAAUUUUAUUAGAUGAACAUAAUGUCACUUUAAAGCUGGACAUAAUUAUAUAGAAAACGUUACUUCCUGAAAUUGAAGAAUAUUUUUUUAGGAUGAAAAACAAUACAUUCAUUGUUUCAGAUUUUUAAGUGCAUAUGGUUAAAAUUUUCACUUAUUAAACAGAACAAAUAUUGUAUCUAUCAAUGGUUUUCCUUUUCAUCAUUUUUCUGCAUACCACAACCAGAUAUUUUUGGACAAAGCUUGAAAAAAUCGUAGCAAAUAGUCAAUGUUAAUUACAUUUGAAGUGCUCAUGAAAUUAAUGUAUACAUAUCAAGUUAUUACAUUUGUAUUAAUAUAUCAUAAUGCUGGUUGUACAUUUAAUGUACAGGUUGUUUUCUACAUUCCAUUUUUAUGUGAACAUUUGAUUUAUUUGUAUACAUCAAUCAUAAUUGUAACUUUGUAUACAGCAAUAUAUAUUUUUUUACAUAUUAAAAUGACUUUAAUCAUAGAA